AUGAGGCGUGGGAGGCGGAACGCACCGUUCCUCCUGGCGACCAAUGAGAAGGAGGCACCUCAACCAAUCGCGCAGCGCCUUCAACCCGGCGCGCCGACGUUCGAUCUCUUUCUUGUGGUGGUCGAUCUCCUCCUCAUGGUGUUUCCGCACCGCCGGCCUCACGGAUGGCGCCGCCGCCGCCGCCGCCCUUCCCGGCGCCUUUGCCCAGCUCGCCCAGCUGCGGGGAGAGACGGCGGUGGUGGAGGAGGCACCCACGGCCCGCACCGACGGGCACCCGCGACCGGGCACCCGCGACGGGCGCACCCACCUGGUCGGCGCCCGAGCCCGAGCUCCAGCGCUGCUGCUGCGCCACGAGGGCCCCGCGCAGCCCGCCCCGCGCCGCCGCCGCCACCGCCGCCAUCGCCGCCUGCCCUUGGAGCGCCGCGCGGACGAGGCCCGGCACGGCCCCACGCGUCACGGCGCGCGCAUGCGCAGCCCUCGCGCCCGGCGCUCCGCGGCCCGCCCAGCGCUGGGGGCCGGGCCCUUGCGGCCGGCGGGUCCGGUCUGGCCGCGCUCGCCCGCCCCGCGGCGCGGCGGCUCCGGCCCCCGCCCCGAACACACACCCCGGGCGGAGCGGCCGGGACCGCGGGGCAGCGGGGCGGGUCCUGCCGCCGUGGCGCGCGCGGUGGUCACGUGCCGGGGGCGCCGCCGUGCUCACGUGUGUGCGCACGGCAUCACGUGGUGCUGGCGAUGGCGGCGGCGGCGGGGGAGCCCGGGGCGGGGGGCGCCGCCGAGGAGGCGUUCCUCACCUUCUACAACGAGGUAAAACAAAUUGAAAAACGUGACUCUGUUUUAACAUCAAAAAACCAAAUUGACAGGCUGACCCGACCUGGAUCUUCCUAUUUCAACCUGAACCCUUUUGAGGUACUGCAGAUGGAUCCUGAAGCCACAGAUGAAGAGAUAAAGAAAAGAUUCCGGCAGUUGUCAAUAUUGGUGCAUCCAGACAAAAAUCAAGAUGAUGCAGAUAGAGCCCAGAAGGCGUUUGAAGCUGUAGAUAAAGCAUACAAGUUGCUGCUAGAUCAGGAGCAGAAGAAGAGGGCCUUGGAUGUGAUACAAGCAGGAAAAGAAUAUGUGGAACACACUGUGAAAGAAAAAAAGAAGCAGUUGAAGAAAGAUGGAAAACCUCCCACUGUAGAAGAGGAUGAUCCUGAAGUUUUCAAACAAGCUGUAUACAAACAGACGAUGAAGCUCUUUGCUGAACUGGAAAUUAAGAGGAAAGAAAGAGAAGCAAAAGAAAUGCAUGAAAGGAAGCGGCAGAGGGAAGAGGAAAUUGAGGCACAAGAGAAAGCUAAACGAGAGCGAGAAUGGCAGAAGAACUUUGAGGAAAGUCGAGAUGGUCGUGUGGACAGCUGGAGAAAUUUCCAGGCAAAUACAAAGGGGAAGAAAGAAAAGAAAAACAGGACCUUCCUGAGACCUCCCAAAGUAAAAAUGGAGCAGCGUGAAUGAUCCUGGCAGCACUGCCCAAGUGCAGCUCCUCACUCCCCUCCCUGCUUUUAAGGACUCAUUGGCACCUAGAGUAAGAAUUGCUUUUUAGUAGACUGUUUGUUUCCAGUACAAUUAAUUAUUGGUUGAAGCAUUUUUUGUACUCUGUCCAUUUGAACUAGGGCCAUAGUGUGAACUGGGCCAGGAACCCGCUACAUGUAGAACACUUAGCUUAGGAGGGUCCACACCAUUAUUGCUGUCCUGUUCGUCUGCUGCCCUGUAACUCGAUGUUUUGUACUUCACAGAGAUUGUGCUGUUUCAUUUUUGGUUUGAGAGCUGAACAAAAUACUGGAAAUGCGUCGGUACCUUUCCAGCCAUCAUCUGUCUCAGCAAGUUCAGAUGUGGAAAGGUCCGAACUGACUCUGGGGAUCUGCUCCCAGCACUGUGCAGUGCAGCUGUCCUGCAGGUAAAGUCCUGCAGCUCCUCACUGAACUGAGUGGUGCUCGGAAGGAGCCUUCUCCCAAGAUCUGAUUUCCAAACUAAAAUCCCAGCUCUCAGGCUUAGACUUCUGUUAAUCUCAGACCAGCCGGUCACUUCCUGUAAAGGAAAAAUAACUUCUCUUGAUUAAUAGUUGAGUUGCAAUGGUCUGUAUGUAAAAUAAAUUUUUACCCAAGUUA